AUGAGUGAUAAUAUUGAAGGGAGUACUCUUAACCAAAUUACUAUUGAAAAUGGUGACUCACCGACGCUGACUGACAUUAAAAGACUAGGUUGGGACGAUAAGGAAUUUGUCAAAUCUAAGCUUUCUAUCAAUGAAAUUUCUGAUAAAGACAAAUCCGAUAAUCCUAAAGACAAACCCAAGUAUUGUUCAAUCUGGAAAAAGGAAAAAUCAUCGAGUAUCCUAAGAAGAUUGGAAACAAAAUCAAAAAAGAUAACGAAGGAAAAGAAAAAUAGCGAGUCAAAAGAAACCCCUAAAUUAAUGAUGUUGAGAAGAAGCAAUAAAGAUGAAAAAAAAUAUAAAAUAUAUUCCAUGGAAUAUAACAGCAAUGCCGAUGACCAUUUAGAACUUCUCGAUACACAUAAUAUUUAUAGUGAUGAAACCCCAAAGAUUUAUUACGAUGACAAUCAUUUUCUUGCUGCUGCUAGUCAUUCAUUGAUAUCGGAAUGGAAUUAUUGCUAUAAAGGUUACAAUUACAAACAAAAUUAUUACUUAAAAUAUAAUGAUUAUAUUGUUCUUAAUAAACAAAAUAAGGCGGAAGAAGCUUUGAUGGUGGCUGAUUAUCGUCGAAAUUCAAAGCUAGUAGUCUACUCAUUAGAGCGUAAUAUAACAGUUUCAUCAUUAGAUUUCGUUUAUGUGGACAACGGCACAUUUGGAUGUCAGGUAACAGAAAAAGAUUUAUCAGACUUGGAAAAUGAUGAACAUAAAAUCAAUAAUAUUUCGGAAAAAUAUUGGAAAUCAGAAUAUUUAGCAAAAUUGAAAGAUAAAAAAGAUAAAAUCAAAAAAAAAAUCAACAAUUUGAAUCAAAAAGAAAAAGAUUAUCUAACAAAAUUAGAAAAUGAAAUCAAAAGAAUUAAUGACAUUUUGAAUCCACCAACAACAGAAACAAUUAAAGAUCUCAUUGCUAAUAAUGAGUAUAAGGGACUAUAUGCAAACCCUAUCAUUGAAGAUGGAAAGGAUUAUAAAUGGACCAUAACUCAUAAUAAAGAAUUUCAACGUAUAAAUAUAAGAGUUCUAAACAAAGACAAAAAAAACAGCAACAGUGGUAGUGAAUAUGAUAGUGAAUAUGAUUUAUCACAUGAUGAAACAUUCAUUAAAUGCAAGUUAUUUCAUGAUGGCUUGAUCUUAAUAACAACAAAUUAUAUACAAAUUUUUGCUGUUGAUGAUGAAAAAAAAUUAAUAUAUGUUAGAUAUAUUAAAAGUCAUAACUUGAGUAUAGAAAGUUUAAAAAAAAACAUCAAGUCUAUUGAAAAAGAUUACGAAGGCACCCUUAUAGAGAGAUGA